GCGAGCGUCCUUUUGCGGUGCAUCAGUCAUCAGUCGACAUGCUUUACAAGACCUGCGCCCUCGCCAUCAUCGUGGCCACGUCCGCCGCACCGACUCCUCCCGUCGUGGACAACAAGCGGAAGCUUGGCGGCACCGUCGACGACGGCUUCAUGGGUUUCGCCACGGCACAGCACUCGCAGGAGGCCCUCGCUCAGCAGUGGCGCGAGAACUGCCCGCCAUGCCCGACCGGCGGCUUCUGCUGCCCGGCGCUGGGAUGUAAGAUCACCGAGACCGUCAAGACGGGUACCGACGAGGGCGCCUACCAGGCCGAGUUGUGGGCGGAGACCCCGUUCCCGUGGUACGAGAUGCCUGUCGUUCCGGUCCUCUCGGCGACACACCCAGUCUGGACCUUCCUCCAGAUUAACAAGCAGUGGUGGCUGUACUGCUUCUUCAACGAUGGCGAAGCUGCGCCCGCGGCGAUGCCGCCGACGGCCGCGGCGGCGGCGGAGCCCACGGCGGCUGCGGCGACCAAGCCUCCGAUGGCCAAGGUCGGUGCCGAUGCAGACGAGCACGGCUGCCGCGCCAGCGCUGGCUUCGCGUGGUGUGCGGCCAAGGGCAAGUGCCUCCGGAGUUGGGAGGAGAGCUGUAGCAGCGAGCGUGGCGGGAGCCGCCGCCUCGACGCGGCGCCGGCGCUCGCGCUGCAGAGUCCGGGCGCCAAGGGCGAUCCGCUCACGCUGGACGGCGGGUACCUCGGCGGCCAGGUGACAGCGGCGCCCGACAAGCCCGGCGCCCCCGCGUCGUGGACGCAAUUCGCCGGUCUCGGCCUGGUCACGGGCGGCAAGUACGUCGCCGCAGGCGUCGAGACGGGCCUCGAUUGGAUCACGGGCGGCGCCUUCCAGGGCUCCUCCAACUCGGUGGUAAACACCGCGAACAGGUUCACCGCGCUUGACUCGGACACGGCAAACGACUUUGCCACCCUGAGCGAGGGUGGGACGGUCGGAUGAGCGCCCUGUCGCCUCUCUCUGACUCUGUGCUGGGGCAGCUGGGACGUGUGCCCGCGGGCGCGCUCGGCGCUGCGGCUCUCGCUCGUGUCGACCCCAGCGUGUCAAACUUUGCUACACUGCCCCGCAUCGCAUCGUGGUGUCGUAGUGUUCAUUAUUCCUCCACUAUUCCUUGAGCAGAAGACACUCUCCACUGUAGUCUGUACACUCUCCACGCACCCGCGCUCGACUCUCACGACUCUGUGGGCGGUCUGCGCAGUGCGCGCUGUGUAUAUCCAUCAUCCACACUCUCUGCUGCAGGUAGAGAGCGAGUGGCACACGCGCAAGCGACACACCAGCGACCCUCAGUCGAAGCCGGCGAUGUCGGAGAGGAGCAGCGCCUGGCGCCGCGUGUGAUCGAGCUCCUCGGCGUCCGCCCCCUCGCGCUGCAGGAUGGCGUACAGCUCGGCGGCCUCGACGACCUUGCGCGGCCGCGGCUGGUAGCGGUAGAGGCUGCCCUUGACCACCUUGUAGCGCGAGAAGGCGUUGCACACUGCGUCGCACCACUCCUGCAUCGCGUCGUCGCCCAGCUCUAGCAUCGCGUGCAGAUCAAACGGCCGGUUGGGACGCAGCACGUGCGUCCCGCUGGUGGGAAAGAGCGCUUCCCAAUCCGUGCCGGCAGACUCUGCGUAGUCGCACAGCUGCUCAGAGUUCCGCUUCGCGACGUACAGCAGCGCGAGGCGGCGGCUCCGAAAUGUGCGGUCCCUCUCCGAAGUCGAGCCCUCGUGCUUAGACCACCACGUGUACUUGGAGGUCUCGUGCGCGACAUCAUCAUCAACCGC